CAAGAGCGGUUCGUGCCGCCGAAGGCCAUCGAGACCAAGAUGCGGCUCGUUCCGGCGGCGCACCCGUCCUACCGCGCCGCGCGCGAGUCCAAGGGGUGGCACUGGCUGCUGCCGAAAGCGCUGGCGAACGCAACCACGGGCAACGACGUGCUGAACGCGUUUCUGCGGUUUCGGCACAAGCAACCGAAGAAAGUGCACCACUACCUGAAGGCGAUGACGCGGCUGACGCAGGUCGGCGGCUGCGACAUCGCCGACUGGCGCUUUAAGUACAUUGCGAGCCGGCUGAAACCGCUGCGGUUCCGGAUCGUGAACUUGCCGCGGCUGGCCUUGAUGUACGCGAAGCUGAAUGCGGUGAAGGAAGUGAAGGAGUUGACAAGGUUUCUGUUUGCCAAACUCGACUGGUACUCGAUGCAGCAACUCGCCUUCCUGGUCCGCGCGUUCGCCAUGGUGAAGUUGAACGAUUCGUUUCUUCUGCAGGCGGUUAUUCGCCGGGUCUUAGACAGUCUCGAGUUCCACCACGCGGCGACGCAAAGCAUGUGCGACGUCGAGGCGAUUUUGCCACUGAAUGUGGACGGGUACUAUUCUCAAGAUGAAGAUGAAUUUUGUUGCGUCAUUGUUGCUCUAGUUAAUGUGCACAACACGAUUUUGUCCAAGCACCAACCUGCAUCUCUUUUGCUUCCUCCCGUUAUAUGCUCCGUUUGCGUUUGCCCGUUGGUUAGAACAAAGGUGCAGAUGCAUUUUUUUGAACAAAACAUCUUUUACAGCCUCCUCACGCCCAGCGGGCCGGAAAGCGGAUUGUGGGAAAAAAUCCGGGACCAUCCAAACUACCGCCACGAGGCUUACAAAGGCGCGUCGCGGUACAAGUACGAAACGUACCACUACGGGAAAGAGUACACCCGGUGGUACCAACUUCCGGACGAAUCCGAGGCGGACUACGAGCGGCGCUUGCGCUACCUCGUGAAUAACCGGCACUACACGGAGACCCGCGACUUUAACCCCGUGGCGGAAAUCACCUACCGCGGCCGCCGCUCCUCGCAAAAACACCGCGCCGCGUUGAUCGCCAGCGAAGGAACCGGGCGCGAAAGUCGGCGGGGAGUGAAGCUUCUCGCGGAAGAUUGCGAAGAGAGUCCUCUUCGCGGAAGUUCUGGACGAGAACAAGCGUCUUCACCGACGUCCAAAGCGCUCGCGCUUGUGAACCAUAGCCAAAAUAAUGGGGAAGAUGACAAAUUUCUGGAAGAGACAGAGUUCGAGGAAGGGACACCGCAGACGAAACUGUCCAAAGCAGAACACGGAGGCACAGAGGACUCGUUUUCCUCUGCAUUCCUUGAAAAAUCUAACCGCCGGUUCCACGACCAUAAGCCGCGCGUCGCUCCGAGUGAACGAGAUUUCUCCCAAGAGGAACACGCGUCAACGCCGUCACCGGACGCCCACGAUUACCUUCGUCCGCCCACAUUGGAGGAACUUCUGCAGAUCAUAGAGGGUUGUGCCGCGCUCGAGUUCCGGCACUACGAGUUUUGUGGCGCCGUAGCGCAAGAGUUUCUCCUUGCAGUGGCGGGACAGAACUUUUCUGGCGAAGAGGACACACUGUCAGAACAAACAGGGACGUAUGGAAAUGGUGAUUUUGAAAGAACACGCAGCGGAGAUAAUCGAGAUCCUCUGAUUCUCCUCCACGGCAGCCGUCUGGCGCUCUCGUUCGCCCGCAUCGAGUACCGCGACUACAGCUUCUUCACGGCUUUGUCCGAUCUGCUCACGCGCCGACUGGUGGAUCCAGCCCUGGCCGCUUCCAUCCGUCUAACCCCUGGAAUCAUGAUCGACGUGUUACGCGCUUUUCGAGUGCUGCGCAUCAACGAUCCAGUGCUGAUGCAGCUGUGUGGUACCAACCGGAAUUAAUUUGACUUGUUUCGUUUAUUUAGCUUUUCUUUCAUCGAGAUCGAUCUCGCACUCACUCGACUCCCGACAAGCAUAUCGUCAUCAAGAAAAGUAAAAGUUUUUGUUGAUAUUGAGUUGCGUUCUCCUAGCGAAAAACAACUCCGCCGAUACAACAGGAACGCAUAUUAAGCAGUACCUGCAUGAGUAUCCUGCCCGGGAGUUGGCUUACUUGUGUUACAUCACCAACGAACUGCCGGCCAAAGUCGCGCGAACGCUUCUGCGUGAGUACGAGUGUCUGGACUUGAACUCGGCUGCGGCCCUUGCCGGCGUUGUUGCAGAUCUGAAAUGCAAGAGAAGGAUGCUGAUGUCCACCUCUGUGAGUGACAAUCAUGUUGCAGAGCCCAACACGUCGGUCAAAACCAGCCUCGAUUCGGAUGAAGAGACUGCCGCUGUCUUCGGCGCAACCAGCGCAGCAGGCGCCAAGAAAGUACACGCCAGCAACUACAGCAGCACGACUUCAGCACCGAGUGAACAUUUCGCAUCCUUACACGUUCAUGACGCCAGCCUAGCCUCGGACGCACAGUUGGACGCGUUGCAGGAAAGCAUCACGACACUGCUCACGACGCAUCAUGCUCGGGAGUCGCGGGAGAGGUAUGAAAUCGGGAAAAUGAUGGAGGCCCUGACGCUGACCGAGGACAACAGUGCCAAUUUCCCGCUUUUCCACGUGUUCUGCCGACACCUGCAUCGCCACAUGCAAUUUCUGGAAAGCACCGACUACCUGCGCGUUCUAGCGGCGCUCGACCGCUUUCAGUGCUGGGACGCCCGCGUCGUCACCGCACUUGCCAAGUGGUUGCGGAAACGGAAAACCGAAUUCGCGGGGAAGGAGUGGUCGCGGGCCCAGUCGCUCUUGGCGAAUUUGGAGGCGCGUGGAAUGUAGGAAUAGACCACCUGCUCGUUAGAAUAAAGACCUAAUAUCAACUACUUUCGUCUUCAACUUUGGCGGGUAGAUGUACACUAUCCAGUGGCGCAUCACCUAGAGAAUAAAUAUCGCGCACGACCCUUCAUUUAAAAAACGAGAAUACAGCCACACAGACAGAAAUAGAAGAACCACGAACCUCGCGAGCAAGUGCCUAACAAAGAGAAAGC